AUGAUAAAUUCGAGUUAUCGUGAUCUUGAUGUAUUUCUCACACACUUGAAGCGUAUAGACUUCGUAAUGGUUAACCAUAUUUAUUUAAACUAUUCUAAAGGCUAUAAAGAUACACUAUCAAAACCUGCCUUUGGCGUGGAGAUACAGAAAGUUAGUUUUAACUAUCCCAAAGCCGCAACCAUUUAUAUUAACAGAAUGAUCGAUCGUGUAACGUUCAAGCGUCUAUCUGAUGUUUUAAUCAAGGAAGAUAUUACAAAAGAUUCAUCUAUGCUACUAAUUAAUGCCGCAUACCUAACAGCAACAUGGGAAGUUCCAUUUAACAUAUUGCAUACAAAACAUAAUAUUAAAUUUCGGUAUUACAACCAAAGCACAGUUUUCGUACCUAUGAUGUUCAAGAGUGAGGAGGUGUUAUAUGUUGACGAUGAUUUAAAUAAAAUAAAGGUGAUUAACAUGAAACUUGCCAGCCCCGGAGUGUCAAUGACAUUUGUAAUACCUGAAGACAGGAAGAGCCUUCAAGACUUUCUUCGGAAUUUAUUGAGACCCAACUACUUUAGGACAAUCAAAAAGAGGAUGCGAAUGGAAUUUCUAAACAUUGCGAUACCCAGAUUUAAGUUAAAGACCUUGGUAGAUUGGACGGAAUCCUUGCAGAAGGUGGGAUUAAAAAAACUAUUUGAUAAAAAUAGUACAGGGCUGAAUAACAUGAUGAUAAACGAGGCCACUAACAAACCCCUGUAUAUAAGUAAAGUGAAACAAAAGAACUUCAUUGAAGUUAAUGAGAUGGGCGCGUAUCGGAUUAUUACCACAGAAUCACAAUACAGUAAGAUACCACAUCUUCGGCCAACAUUAGAAGCUGUCGCCGAUCGACCAUUUUAUUUCACUGUUACUCUUCACUGUGAUAGGUCCAACUAUUGGAACACAGAGGAGCUUUUCGCUGGCGUUUAUUAUGGUCCAGAUACAUAA